GUUAAACUGAAAUUUUACACAUCCCGCUUAGCCGCGAGCGAUCACAGCUCGUCGUUAAUAGACGGAGGACGACUGUCGGAUUCGGUUUUGCUCGCGUCCCGCGCGAUUUCCGCCGCCUGAUUCCGCUGUACGGUGGUGUGUUUGACAUAAUACUCAAAAUGGCGACUCCGAAAACAAUGAGCCUCCGGUGCGCUUGUACGCCACUUUUCGCCGAUCCUUUUUCCCUCCCUCGUCUGUCGCAAUAGAUAUUCGACGUCGAGCGAAAAACGCAAGGAUUACGCAAAUUCUACGUACAUAUAUGUAUAUAUAAAUAUAUAUGUGUGUGUAUACAGUCGGAUGUGAAUUCGAAUCAGUGAGACAACGAGAUAUAGCUUCCUGCACGUCGAUCCUUGUGUAGUUUUCGGUACAGCUGUAGGAUUUACCACGGUUUCUCUCGUGUGUAAAAGAGACAGAAGUCAAAAUGCAGACAAUAAAAUGUGUUGUAGUGGGAGACGGAGCGGUUGGUAAAACAUGUUUAUUAAUUUCAUAUACUACGAACAAAUUUCCAUCGGAAUAUGUUCCAACGGUAUUUGACAAUUAUGCAGUCACUGUUAUGAUUGGCGGUGAGCCAUAUACAUUAGGAUUAUUUGAUACAGCUGGUCAGGAAGAUUACGAUCGUUUGCGGCCAUUAAGUUAUCCGCAAACCGAUGUAUUUCUUGUCUGCUUCUCAGUUGUAUCUCCAUCAUCGUUCGAAAAUGUUAAAGAAAAGUGGGUACCGGAAAUAACGCAUCAUUGUCAAAAAACACCGUUUUUGUUGGUCGGUACGCAAAUUGAUUUACGAGAUGACGCAGCGACAAUUGAAAAACGCAAAAAUAAACAAAAGGCGAUUUCGAACGAACAAGGGGAAAAGCUUGCUAAGGAAUUAAAAGCUGUAAAAUAUGUAGAAUGUAGCGCUCUUACACAGAAAGGACUUAAAAAUGUCUUUGACGAGGCAAUAUUAGCUGCUUUAGAGCCUCCAGAACCAGUUAGAAGAAGAAGGUGUACCAUUUUGUAGUAGGUGUUUGACUUUUUUUAUAAAACUGUUAGUUCUACAGUGACGAAGACUGUAAGUUUCCUCAUAUACAUUGCAUGCGAAAAGAUUUAGUGACAAUUGUUAAAUUCUAAGGCAUAUAUAAUAAGACAUGAGUAUUUUUUAACAUUGGCAUAUACGUGGAUACGAAGCAAUCUUUAUCUACAUUGACAUUUUGUGUAAAUUUUAUAAUUAUCAAAUUGUAAUUGUAAUAUCAUAUUAUCUUCGUCUUGAUGUUCUAUCAACGUAUUUCACAUCAUUCCGGUAAAAGCGCGUCUCUGUAUUUGCAUCAUGAUCAUAUGUGUCGACUCUGUCCUGUUUCAUUCAACAUUAUGUAAAAAAAAAAAAAAGAUUUCCGAAAAGGAAAUUUAGGGAUAUUAUGACAUCUCCAAAUCAUAUUUGUUUAUGAAGAAAAUAUAAUUUCAUUUUAUAUA